AUGAAGCUUCCGCUUCUCAAGCCCAAAACUCAUAUUCAAAUAGCUCGCAAAAAUCUUAUGAUAAAUUACACGUCAAACAAAUUUCGGAAUCGCAAUCUAUUCCCGUUGAUAGAAAAAUUAAGAAUAGAACCUUUAGUGGAAGAUACCGUUAAAGUUGUUAAUGUUGAUAAAAAUUCUACAGAUAAGCAAUCACUCGCAAUUGAAUUGGUCUAUCUAUUUGAAAAAAUAAGCUUGGCAGAAAAUAAUACUAAACGAGCCAAAGUGGAAGAAAUUACAAGCUGGUACCAAUAUAGAAAGUAUUUUGAAAAAAGACUUGAUGAUAUCUUACCCGAAAACCAAAGAAAUGAUAAGAGAGCCUAUGAUUUAGCAAGUGGGCAGAUUUAUGAUGAAAUGCUACAGUAUCUUUCAGAAGAUAAAAUUAAGCGAAUUAAAACUUAUAGUGCAAAUAAACUCUCAAAGUUAACUGAUGUGCAAAUCGAUACAAUCAAGAAGCAUUUCAUUGCUAUACCGCAUGACCUAAAGUCACGCACUCAUAUGACUGAG